AUGGCCAACAAAUAUUGCUUUGAGGUUGUAGAUCGAUUACUUCAUGAUACUAUGAAAGGAAUCAAAGAAGACUACGGUUUGAAACCAUUUGGUGGAAUAACUACUGUAUUGGGUGGCGACUUUUGUCAAAUUUUACCUGUAGUUCGAAAAGGUGAUAGGCAUGAUAUGAUCCAAGCUUGCAUAAAAAAUUCAUACCUUUGGAAAUCAUGUGAGGUUCAUUUGCUACGUAAAAAUAUGUGUUUACAAUCAAAUGAGUUGGACUCAAUCUCAAAAGAUGCAAUGCAAAACUUCGCAGAUUGGAUACUUGAUGUAGGUGAUGGAAAACAAUGCUCAGAUAUCGGAGAAUCAUGGAUAUCAAUAGAACAAAACUUGAUGCUCCCAAAAUCACAUGAUGGUGUUCAAUCUAUAGUUGACUCUAUUUAUCCAAAUUUAAAUAGCCACAUUGGGGACACAGAUUACCUUGUGUCGCGGGCUAUCUUGACACCUACAAAUGAAAUAGUUGACGAUAUAAAUCAACGCAUUUUGAAUAAUUUCACAGGCGAAGAAAUGAUAUAUUUAUCAUCAGACUCAAUUUGUAAGGCAAAUUUCAAUGUUCAAGAUCAAGAUCUUCUUUACCCUACCUUUGGAAAUCAUUGCUCGGAUAUCGGAGAAUCAUGGAUAUCAAUAGAACAAAAGUUGAUGCUCCCAAAAUCACAUGAUGGUGUUCAAUCUAUAGUUGACUCUAUUUAUCCAAAUUUAAAUAGCCACAUUGGGGACACAGGUUACCUUGUGUCGCGGGUUAUCUUGACACCUACAAAUGAAAUAGUUGACGAUAUAAAUCAACACAUUUUGAAUAAUUUCACAGGCGAAGAAAUGAUAUAUUUAUCAUCAGACUCAAUUUGUAAGGCAAAUUUCAAUGUUCAAGAUCAAGAUCUUCUUUACCCUACCGAAAUGGAAGAACGCUUGCAGCCUCCUUCGUUCUUGGUUAGUUUCACUGAUGUUUUUCAUCGAAAAAUGUCGUCAACCCCAUUAGAGAGGUACAAAAAACUUGCCCUAGCUGAGUCUUUAUCAAAAAAUCUACAAACACCCAAUUGUCUGCAAACAACUAAGCUUCGUUCUUAG